GUAUCCAAGCAACGGCGAUCAAGAUCUAGACGACGUUCUAGAACACCGUCUCAAAGCCGUAACAUUUGUUGGUAUCAUAGGAGGUAUGGGCAUAAUGCCCUGAAGUGUAUUCGACCGUGUAUGUACAACAGUAGUAACUCAUCUCAGGGAAACUCCCCAGCCAGACAGUAAUGGCGACGGCUGUUAAUGGCAAUCACCCCAGUCGCCUUUUCUAUGUGAGGGAUUUGACUACCGGCACAUUAUUCCUGGUAGAUACAGGCGCCGAGGUCAGUGUUAUUCCCCCCUCACUAUCCAGGCGAUCAGCCAAAAUACCUGGAAAACUUUCACUCCGUGCUGCCAACCAAACCAACAUACAGACGUAUGGCGAACAGUCAAUGAUUUUAAACUUAGGACUACGCCGACGUUUCACAUGGAUCUUCAUAGUAGCUGACGUACGUCACGCUAUACUAGGUGCAGACUUCCUAAGUCACUUCAAUCUGUUAGUUGAUAUCAGCAAGAAAAAACUGAUUGACAAUUGCACCCAACUCAAGAUCCACGGUAUUACAUGUGACUACUCGGUUCAUAGCAUCUGUAUAGAAAAGCCGGAGAGUGAAAUGUUUUCUGCUUUAUUGAAACGAUUUCCUAAAAUCCUUAAACCAUCAUACAACUCCGAAGAUAUAUCUCAUACAGUUACGCAUAAGAUCAUCACAACAGGACAACCUGUGAAGGCACGUCCACGACGGUUACCACCCGAUAAACUAGCAGCAGCUAAGUCGGAAUUCGAACAUAUGAUGCAGUUAGGUAUCAUACGACCAUCUAACAGCCCAUGGUCUUCACCUCUGCACAUGGUACCUAAAACUAAUCAUGACUGGCGACCAUGUGGAGAUUAUCGCGCUUUGAAUAACGCUACGGUCCCAGAUCGUUAUCCUAUACCUCAUCUCCACGACUUCUCCUUGAACUUACAUGGAAAGACCGUUUUUACCAAAGUUGACUUGGUCAGGGCAUAUCAUCAAAUACCAGUCGCUCCAGAAGACAUUGCAAAAACAGCAAUUAUUACGCCUUUUGGAUUAUUCGAAUUCUUGAGAAUGCCUUUCGGACUAAAGAAUGCUGCUCAAACAUUUCAGCGUUUUAUGGACCAAGUUACCCAAGGUCUUGAUUUUGUCUUUGUAUAUAUCGACGAUGUCUUAAUUGCCAGCUCAUCGAUGGAAGAACAUAUGCAACACUUAAGCCUGUUAUUUCAAAGGUUUGAACAAUUUGGAGUUGUUAUCAAUCCAAAGAAAUGUAUUUUUGGUUCCCCUUCCAUUGAAUUCUUAGGACAUCGAAUAACUGCUGAAGGCAUCAGACCUACCGAAGAUAAGAUAGAAACUAUUAAGAACUUUCCCGAACCUGAUUCCUUAAAGAAACUUAGACGUUUUCUCGGGAUGUUCAACUUCUACCGACGUUUUAUUCCAUCAUGUGCCUCCAUAGUUCAGCCACUGACCGACCUACUUAGAUGCAAUUCGAAGAAAUUUCAGUGGUCUGAAGAAGCAAAAGCAGCAUUUAAUAAUGCAAAAGAUGCCUUAUCCAACGUCGUAAUGUUAUCUCACAUCAACCCAGAAGCUUCACUCAUUUUAUGUACAGAUGCAUCGCAGGUAGCAGUGGGAGCAGUUUUACAACAAAAGUUCAAUAAUGACACCACUCCACUUGCUUUCUUCUCCAAGAAGUUGGAACCUGCGCAAACUCGUUACAGUACCUUUGGCAGAGAACUGUUAGCCAUCUACCUAGCAGUGAAACAUUUCAGCUUCUUACUACAAGGUCGACAUUUUACUAUCUUAACCGACCAUAAGCCUCUUUGUUAUGCUUUCACCACUUCGUUGGACAGACACUCUCCGAGAGAAGCCAGACAACUGGAUUACAUCUCACAAUUCUCCACAGACAUCCAGUUCAUCAAAGGAGAUUCUAAUAUCGUAGCCGAUUCUCUUUCAAGAAGUGACAUUAACCAGCUCCAAACGUCGGUAGACAUCAGUCUUGAUCGUAUGGCUCAAUUACAAAAAGAUGACGUUGAACUCCAAACCUGCCGCAGAAACUCUUCCUUACAGCUCAAAGAUGUGCCUAUCCCCUUAUCAGAUGCAACCAUAGUCUGCGAUGUAUCUACCGGCACUAAUCGUCCAUUUGUCCCUCUCAGUUGCCGAAAAGCAUUGUUCGAACAUUUACAUUCGCUUUCCCACCCUGGAGUACGCGCCACGGUCAGGCUGAUCGGCGAACGCUUCGUGUGGCCUAAAAUGAACUCUGACAUUCGGAGAUGGGCACGAGAAUGUAUCCAAUGCCAAUGCUCCAAAGUACACCGCCACACUAUUACCACCCCAAAGACGUUUGAAUUACCCGAAAGGAGAUUUCAGCAUAUCCAUAUAGAUAUCGUGGGACCAUUGCCAACAUCAAGGGGAUAUACACAUAUCCUGACAGCGAUUGAUAGAUUUACUCGUUGGGCUAUUGCAUGCCCCUUAAACGACAUAUCUGCUGAAAACGUUGCUUUAGUUUUUCUUGACCGCUGGGUGUCAAACUACGGUGUACCAACUACUAUUACAUCCGACCGCGGUCCUCAAUUCCAAUCGACACUCUUUCGCGAACUGACGAGACUUCUGGGAGUGAAACAUAUCUCCACAACAGCCUAUCAUCCGGCAGCGAAUGGUCUAGUGGAAAGAUUCCACAGACAACUGAAAAGCUCCCUGAUGGCGCAGAAUGAUACAUCUAAGUGGAGUGAAUACUUACCUUUGAUUUUACUUGGUAUCCGUUCUACUAUCAAAGAAGAUUUAGGAUGUACACCGGCUCAACUUGUCUAUGGCACCAACCUAACCUUGCCUGGACAGCUAGUCCCCUCAGCCGAUUCCACAGACGUGAACAUUGCCGACUUCACUAACCGAUUAACUAGACAAAUGCUUCAACUUCAACCAACAGCACCUCGACAAUCUCCCCGAAGAGAUCAGAUCAACAAAAAUCUACAAACUUGCAAAUUCGUCUUCAUUCGAGUCGACGCCAUCAGAAAAGGAUUGCAACCUCCAUACGAAGGACCCUUUCAAGUUAUUAAACGUUCAGACAAACACUUUACAGUGAACAAGAAUGGAAGACGAGAGACUGUUUCAAUUGAUCGAAUCAAACCCGCAUACACCGACAACGACUUUGAAUCUACAUCGGCAGCUGCGCAAUCAAAUAAUCAAACAUCCGACUCCACUCCACCGGCACCAAGUCUUAUCCUCCCUCCAUAUCACACACGUAGUGGUCGGCAAAUCAGUAAACCGGCUCGCUACGUUCAUUUUGAGGACUAACAAAAGAAAAAUAAUUAAAAAUUAUUUUUUUUUUUUUCGUUUAGACAUUAUCAUCAUGACGGUUAGUAUUUCGUCGUAAACUUUGAUGUUACUAUCACUAUUAUUUAUUUAUAUGUACCUCACCUAAAAAAACAGGUAUUGUCCUUUUCAAAAACUAUUGAUCUUUAAUCCAUAUUUUUUUAAUGUUUUCUUUCCCCUCCUUAAUUACUGUGUAUUUACAUAUUUUUCUUUAUACAUUAAAAAUCUAUGUUCAUGGUUAGUGCAAAUUUAAGUGACAUGACUUUCUCUUUCAAUUUUCAUUGCUGAACCAAUUGUAUAUGCUUUCAGACUUUAUAUGACUCACAUAUCUUCUCGUGCUCAUGCAUGUUGUAAUAUAUCCCUAUUUUUAUCCAAAAGUUGCUAUUACUAUUAUUAUUUACUAUUGUUGUUAACAUUCACUUCAUUAUAACCAUUAAUAUUUAUUAGUAUUAUUUGCUGUUCGUCAACUGUACUGCAAGCACACGCAUUCACCAAGUAUAUGUAUAUAUCUAUUUAUAUAUGAAUUUCCCAAAUGUUAACGAACAUGUCAUGGUUUAUUACGUACAUAAAUUUUUAUUUAAAAUUAUAACAAAUUUUGAUUUUUUUUUUAAAUUCCUGUAUGUGCUAAACUUUAUACGACUCGGAUGCAUGCCAUACAUCCUGAUCUAACUUUGUAUCUUUAUUGUUGUUGUUAUUUUUUGUUAUCCAUAUUGUUGACACUAUCCCUUAUUUAUGUUGCUUGUAUUCAUGUAAUCGUCCACGAGGGCAGUACUGAUGGUCCUCCGGACCUCUAAGAGGGGGAGCCCUGUGGAGUCCUCAAAAAAGAAACUUAUCCAAAUUUUACUACUAUGUAAAUAAUGAACAUAUUGUACACCACUUUGUUUUAACCAGAAACUCUGUACUUUAACUUUACCUCGGGUUUUGAAUAAAUAUACAGCUGUGCCUUCGACUCUCCGUCUUCUCCACCAUCUCAACUGCCGUCGAUCAAUCCUAAUCACCUGCUUUCUAUCUCUGAUUCUUGCAGGAGCACCGUAGUUUCUUCCUACGUACUUUGGUCGACCUCCGGCAACGUUAACAUUGGAGAAUUACUACUGGAGCAGUCUUUCCGCAGCACCUGGAGUCUAUUCCGUUUAUUGUGGACUGUGGACCUUUGUAAACUCAAGUAAUCAAACUUUAAUACAUUCUUCCCGUAACUAAACUCAUUUGGUAUUUUAUUUUCUACUUGAAUUUGGGUAACUAAGCUAAUAGAGUGAAAAGGUCCACCACAA